AGGAGCCUCGUCAGGUGUUCAGGGCUUGUGGAAACUGGGACAUCCUGACUUGCCGCUGGCUAACUCCUUUGUGAGAGCCCAGCCAAAGUUUCUCCACCUCUCAAUUGGGGUGUAAUGACACUUCCCCCUCUUUCAUGAAGCUUCAACUCUUUCUGAUCUCGGCAGGGAAAUAAAUCACCGCGCGGGAUCAUAAAAGUCAUCAAACGGCAACCUGGGGUGAACCGAGCCGCAGAUGGAGGGAAGGGCGCGGGCGCUCGGAAAAUGAGAGUUUUGCCAGCCCGGGCUCCAUUCGCUCGCGUUCUCCGGAGCAGGGCGGGACGGCGGCGGCCGGAGCGCGGCUGGAGCGGGCGGCAGAGCCCGGAGCGGCGGAGAGCGGGGCCCGGAGAGCCGGGAAAGGACAGCUCAUGUCCCUGCCCAGCCCUGCAUGGCCCCAGCGGGACGAGCCCUCCCCGUGCGGCACCAGCACCGCUCUGCCCCCGGCCUCGUCCGACAGCGACUCCGGCUGUGCCCUGGAGGAGUACCUGGAACCUCCCGCCGAGCCCGAGGUCCUGCCGUGCUCCGGGCCCCGCUCUGCCUCUGACAGGAGCCGAGCCAGAGCCCUCCUGCAGCAGCUGCCUCCUCAGGACUGCGAUGAGCGGUACUGCCCGGACCUGGCCGAGGAGGAGCGGCGCCAGCUCCGAGCCUUCAGCGCCCGCCGCAGGCAGGAGGCUCUGGGACAGGGCCUGGCGUGUCCUGUGCCAGGUCCCUGCCAUGGCUGUCCCUGCAGGAAGUGCGGCCGGAGGCUGAACAAAGGGGACCCGGGGAUUUCGGCGUCUCGCCUGGGGGAUCAGUUCUGGCACCCGUCCUGCUUCUCCUGCCACUUCUGCCAGCAGCAGCUGGUGGAUCUCAUCUACUUCCAGCAGGAUGGGAGGAUCUACUGCGGGCGGCACCACGCCGAGCUCUUCCGACCCCGCUGCGCCUCCUGCGACCAGCUGAUCUUCAUGGAGGAGUGCAUCGAGGCCGAGGGCCGGCGCUGGCACCUGGAGCAUUUCUGCUGCCUGGAGUGCGAGGAGCCCCUGCGCGGGCAGCGCUACGUGAUGAGGAGCGGCCGGCCGUGCUGCCGGGGCUGCUUCGAGAGCCUCUUCGCCGAGCCGUGCCAGGCUUGCGGGGACCCCAUCGGUGCUGACAGCGAGGAGGUGACACACCAGGGGCUGCACUGGCACGCCCGAGCCUCCUGCCUGUGCUGCAGCCGGUGCCGCAAGGCGCUGCGGGGACAGCCGCUCACCUGCCGCCGGGGCCGCCUCUUCUGCUCCGACACCUGCGGCCAGGACGCCGCUUCCACCUCCUCCGAAUCCUCCGACUCGGCUUUCGCCUCCGCUCCAUCCCCCGACUGCACGGGGGGCUGCAGGCAGCGCGGGGAAGGGGCUGAGGCGUUUUUGGAGCAGCCCUCGGUGCACCCCGCGUUCAGGAGCCCCGAGGAUGCCGGAGCAGCCACACGGGAGCGGAGCAGCGACGCUGCCAAGGGGACACUGGGACCCCCAGCCGGCCACCCCUCAUCCCCCCAGCCCAGCCCAGAGCAGCCCAACCAGCCUGGAGCCUCGGGCCCCCCGCUUUUGGGGAGCCCUGACCCCCGAAGAGCCGCUGGCAAUGCAAACCCACAGUUCCCAGCGGGCACCUCCCCUCCCCGACACACGGCAGAGGAUGGCACGGAGGAGGACGACUCCUGGUGUCCCACCUGCUCCUCAUCUUCGGACUCGGACUCGGAGCAGGAGGGUUUCUUUUUUGGGAAGCCCAUCCCCAAGCCUGGGAUGAAUUCCCUGGGCAGGGAGCCCCAAGGGAGGGGCAGGGGCAGGACGGCCAAGCACUGCAGUGUGUCCUAACAGCGGGGCCUGAGUGGCACUGCCAGGUCCUGCCAGGUCCUGCCAGGGCCUCAACACGUUCCAAGUGCGUCCUGGACGCGGCCCAAGGCGGGUGGGAGAAGCUGCUGGGAUCCUUCCCCCCAGGGAGCUGCUGGCAGAGCAGAGGCUGCAAUUCCUGCCAGCCUCUCCUGCAAUUAGGAACAGGUAAAGCAGGAAGGGAGCGGGGCCAGCAGCCCGGGCCGGGCCUCCAGCACCUCCAACACGGCAGGGAGAGCAGCCAGAGCUCCAGACAAGGGCAGCUGCCUGCAUCACCCCCCUGGGCUCCUCUGUGCCCCACUGACACCUGCUCUCCAUCCCUGGUGCCACCCUGUCCUGCUGUCACCACGGGGAGGGGACAGGGGCGCAGCUCUGCCGAUGACGAAGCUCCAAUAAAGUUUGGCUGAAAUCUGAA